AUGAAGAAGAACGCGGGCAUCGUCAUGAGAUGUUCCUAUUCCCCUGCCACUCCAAGGUCAUCAUCACCGCCUCCAAUGGAUCCCAAAAUUUGGAGCAAAUUGCCCCCUGAAAUUCUUGAAUACAUCCUCUCCUUCCUUCCUCUCAAAACCUUCUUGAAUCUCAGAUCCACUUGCAAAGGUUUUUGGUCCCUCAUAUUCUCUCCCUCUUUCAUUUCCAAACACUCUUCUAUAUCUUCUUCUUCUUCUUCACCCUUCUCUUCCUUUCUCUUACUCUCACACCCUCAAUUCCACCGCCACUUCCCUCUCUACGAUUGCACACUCGGCACGUGGCGCAACAUUUCUCUCUCACUCUCUGAUUCUUCAUUCCACUCUUUCCCUUCUCUCACCACUCUUGUCUCCUCUGGUGGCCUCUUCUGUCUAUCUGAUUCCCUAUCAUGCUCCUUGCUAGUGUGCAACCUUCUGGCCAAGUCUUCAAGAAAGAUUCAGUACCCAAGUUUCUCUCUUCACUUGGAGCAUCUCACUUUUGUCACCACCCCAGCAGGGUACACCAUUUUUGUUCUCUGCUCUGAGGCUGCUUCAAACUGUGCCUUUGUUUAUGACUCAAAUGUUCGAACUUGGAAACGGUUUCACGGUUUUGGUCCGGUUCUAGGUGACCAUCAUCACCGACAAGGUGUUUUUUAUAAAGGGGGUUUGUAUUUUGCAACCCCGGAACCGUUUUCUGUGGUGAUAUUUGAUUUGGCGAGUGGAAGGUGGGAGAGACCCGUUCGAGGGUUACCGAGUCAGCUCACUUUUGUUCGAUUGGUGAGUGAUGGAGAGGGAAAAUUGUGUUUGGUUGGUGGGAUUGGGAACAAUGGAAUCUCGAGGAGCAUCAAGUUGUGGGAAUUGGAUGGAGAUGGGAAUUGGGUGGAAGUGCAAAGUUUGCCUGAUCUUAUGUGUAAGAAGUUUGUGUCUGUGUGUUACCAUAACUAUGAACAUGUUUAUUGCUUUUGGCAUGAAGGGAUGAUCUGCAUUUGCUGCUACACGUGGCCAGAGAUCUUGUAUUACCUGGUUUCUAGGAGGACUUGGCAUUGGCUUCCCAGGUGCCCCUCGUUGCCUCUCAAAUGUAGUUGUGGUUUCAAGUGGUUUUCUUUUGUUCCAAAUCUGUAUGCUUCAGUCUGA